AUGGUGGGUCACCCCAGCAAGGCCCCAGGCCUCCAUGGUGGGUCACCCCAGCAAGGCCCCAGACCUCCAAGGUGGGUCACCCCAGCAAGGUCUCAGGCCUCCAUGGUGGGUCACCCCAGCAAGGUCCCAGGCCUCCAUGGUGGGUCACCCCAGCAAGGCCCCAGACCUCCAAGGUGGGUCACCCCAGCAAGGUCUCAGGCCUCCAUGGUGGGUCACCCCAGCAAGGUCUCAGGCCUCCAUGGUGGGUCACCCCAGCAAGGUCUCAGGCCUCCAUGGUGGGUUACCCCAGCAAGGUCUCAGGCCUUCAUGGUGGGUCACCCCAGCAACGCCCCAAGCCUCCAUGGUGGGUCACCCCAGCAAGGUCUCAAGCCUCCAUGGUGGGUCACCCCAGCAAGGCCCCAAGCCUCCAUGGUGGGUCACCCCAGGAAGGCCCCAAGCCUCCAUGGUGGGUCACCCCAGCAAGGUCUCAGGCCUCCAUGGUGGGUCACCCCAGCAAGGCCCCAAGCCUCCAUGGUGGGUCACCCCAGCAAGGUCUCAGGCCUCCAUGGUGGGUCACCCCAGCAAGGUCUCAGGCCUCCAUGGUGGGUCACCCCAGCAAGGUCUCAGGCCUCCAUGGUGGGUUACCCCAGCAAGGUCUCAAGCCUCCAUGGUGGGUCACCCCAGCAAGGUCUCAAGCCUUCAUGGUGGGUCACCCCAGCAAGGUCUCAAGCCUCCAUGGUGGGUCACCCCAGCAACGCCCCAAGCCUCCAUGGUGGGUCACCCCAGCAAGGCCCCAAGCCUCCAUGGUGGGUCACCCCAGCAAGGUCUCAGGCCUCCAUGGUGGGUCACCCCAGCAAGGUCUCAGGCCUCCAUGGUGGGUCACCCCAGCAAGGUCUCAGGCCUCCAUGGUGGGUUACCCCAGCAAGGUCUCAGGCCUUCAUGGUGGGUCACCCCAGCAACGCCCCAAGCCUCCAUGGUGGGUCACCCCAACAAGGUCUCAAGCCUCCAUGGUGGGUCACCCCAGCAAGGCCCCAAGCCUCCAUGGUGGGUCACCCCAGCAAGGCCCCAAGCCUCCAUGGUGGGUCACCCCAGCAAGGUCUCAGGCCUCCAUGGUGGGUCACCCCAGCAAGGUCUCAGGCCUCCAUGGUGGGUCACCCCAGCAAGGUCUCAGGCCUCCAUGGUGGGUUACCCCAGCAAGGUCUCAGGCCUUCAUGGUGGGUCACCCCAGCAACGCCCCACGCCUCCAUGGUGGGUCACCCCAGCAAGGUCUCAGGCCUCCAUGGUGGGUCACCCCAGCAAGGUCUCAGGCCUCCAUGGUGGGUCACCCCAGCAAGGUCUCAGGCCUCCAUGGUGGGUUACCCCAGCAAGGUCUCAGGCCUUCAUGGUGGGUCACCCCAGCAACGCCCCAAGCCUCCAUGGUGGGUCACCCCAGCAAGGUCUCAAGCCUCCAUGGUGAGUCACCCCAGCAAGGCCCCAAGCCUCCAUGGUGGGUCACCCCAGCAAGGCCCCAAGCCUCCAUGGUGGGUCACCCCAGCAAGGUCUCAGGCCUCCAUGGUGGGUCACCCCAGCAAGGUCUCAGGCCUCCAUGGUGGGUCACCCCAGCAAGGUCUCAGGCCUCCAUGGUGGGUUACCCCAGCAAGGUCUCAGGCCUUCAUGGUGGGUCACCCCAGCAACGCCCCAAGCCUCCAUGGUGGGUCACCCCAGCAAGGUCUCAGGCCUCCAUGGUGGGUCACCCCAGCAAGGUCUCAGGCCUCCAUGGUGGGUUACCCCAGCAACGCCCCAAGCCUCCAUGGUGGGUCACCCCAGCAAGGUCUCAAGCCUCCAUGGUGGGUCACCCCAGCAAGGUCUCAAGCCUUCAUGGUGGGUCACCCCAGCAAGGUCCCAAGCCUCCUAGGUGGGUCACCCCAGCAAGGCCCCAGGCCUCCAAGGUGGGUCACCCCAGCAAGGCCCCAGACCUCCAAGGUGGGUCACCCCAGCAAGGCCCCAGGCCUCCAAGGUGGGUCACCCCAGCAAGGCCCCAGGCCUCCAAGGUGGGUCACCCCAGCAAGGCCCCAGGUAGGCACACUGUAA